GUUUGUAUUCAUGUAUUUGGAAGUUGAAAAAUUUGCAAUGCCUAUUAUUUUAUAAACAAUAUUUUUGUCUUGUGAUAUCAUAUUAUGUUGCUUAGAUUAGUAUUUAAUCAGAAUAUUUGUGAUAGACUUUUUGAAAGAAAAGUAACGAUAUAAUUUGAAAGCAGGUAAUAUAUUUAUCUAUUUUUAGCUUUGCACAAUCGCAAAAGUUUUGAGGAUUAAUUAUAAAAAAGCAUAAUGAGCAAGUCAGAUGAUUUCACAUGA